UGAGAAGCAAUGCCCGGAAUUUCGACGAACGGGAGAACGCAGUGGGCCCCACAUCGGCGGUAAUUUCCACCCUGGAGGUCAAGCAUCUCACUUCUCCAUUCGUCCCUCCCCCCUUUAUUAACGUUUUCUCCGAGGACGAUCUGCAUACAAUCGCUCUGCCUUUUAGCAAAGCCCUCGAUCGGUUUUGAGCGGAUUAGUUCAUCUGAAGCAAGUAUUAAGAAGAUAAAUUAUUUUUCUUGAAGAUGGCUGGUCCUGAUCACGAUAAGCUUGGACUUAAACAUCAUGCUACACACUUUCUAACCAUUUCAGCCAUACCAAUCAAGAAAAGACGUUUCAUUUUUCCCAGGUCUCCUUCACCUCCUCCAGAGACACAAUCUUCACCAACAGUAGAAUGUAACACAACACAAAAUAGAAGUUUUUCUUUAGUGCAAGUUCCUUCCUUGGAAGCUAGUGAUAUUCCUACUAGUUUAGCUGCCUCACGAGAUGAAGGUUCAUCUGUUGAAUCUGGAUUCAAAAAUUUGGUUAGUGGAGACAUAAGUGCAGUUUCUAAACAUCCAGACUCUAUUGAGCAUGACUGUUAUGAGAAGUUACAAAGUAUGGAAACCAUUGUUGUUCAAGGAGAAAAUGGAUUGAAAGAUACUGUUUCUAAUGAUGAACUUUUCUCCCUGAAAGUAAUUGACCAGCAUUUAGCACCUGUCGAUCAUGUUGGCGUGCCAAAUCAGGCAUCUGCAGCACAAGAAAUUUCUGGAAAUACUGAACUGCGCUGCAAUGGAACUUUUGAGAAUGUGCCAAAUCAGACAUCUGCAGCACAACAAAUUUCUUUAAAUACUGAACUGCACUGCAAUGAAACAUUUGAGAAUGUGCCAAAUCAGACAUCUGCAGCACAACAAAUUUCUGGAAAUACUGAACUGCACUGCAAUGAAGCAUUUGAGAAUGUGCAGAUCAGCGAUUCACCUUCUGUUAGACAAGCACAGUUGGAGCUGCAAGAUCCAAGUUCUUGGAAGGAGACAUAUGCGCAUGAUCCUCAGAAGAAAAUUUUCACAUCUGGGCCCAACACUGAUUCUGCUCAGAGUUGUUUGGAUAGAUCAAACUGGGACUUGAAUAUGACCAUGGAUGCUUGGGAAGGAUCCAUGAAUGACUUGGAACCAAACAAUGCAGGUGAUGGGGAAGACAGGAGUUUGCUUGGCAGAGGACCACAGCCAAACCUUUUGGGUGCAAGUGCAACAAAUAAAAAACCUAAUGCAUCCCCUCCAAGGAUUUGUGGGCCUAGGAGUUUGAGUAGUAAUUGCUUCCGGAGCCUUUGCACCUCAUCAAAAUCUGGAGGUGCUUGUUAUAACUUUGACACCGAGGCAUGCCUAGAUUUGCACCUUAAACCAUCAUUCAUGUCUGAAUCAUACACCACUCGUGAAACCACUUUCACUUUAGGAAAUUUUGAUUCUUUAAAAGAAACUCAAUUUCUUGGUUUAUCCACGAUGCCUUUAUCUUCUUUUGCUGACUCAAAAUUUUCUUUAUGUGGAGCUGUGAAACCUGAGCCUUAUCAUGAAAGCAUUGAGCUAGAGGAGAUGAAAACUGAAAUUGCUGGAUCAGGAGCUUUUGGCCUAAAACCCAUCAAAUCAGAACCAUGUGAAAUUGGAGGAGCCUCCAGGAUAACAAUUUCUGGAGUUGUUAAUUCUGCUUCUGAUGCGGCUAUGAAACCGGAAACCGUAGAAGACGAAUCCCAAGACUCUGUUUCAGCUAAGGAAACAAGAUUGCCCCAUACAAGUGCACAUGAUCACAGCUUGCUUCAAAGUGCUAAUACGCCUUUGGAGGCUGUUGGUACUGGCACCAUUGCUUUAAAUACUAAAUCUGAUUCAUUAAUUAAGGAUGCUAUUAUGCAGAUACCUGGAGAUUAUUCUCAUCUGCAUAAAUAUGAGGCGGUUGGCUUUACCGAGAUAGAGCCAGAUGAGGUUCAUAGUAAUGAUAAAGUAUGCCACAGGACCAUGUCUGCUGCUGCUAGCACUGCCCAAUCUGAAAAGGGAGUUUUCUGUGAGACAAUAAGUUCGGUUGUGGAAUCUUUAGUUUAUGAAGGCCGGGAGUUGAUUUCCUCAAAACAAGCAUCUAAUGAAGGCACUGAAAAUGCUGACUUGCUCAUUACAUGUGAAAUAGAGGGUCAGAUUAUGAAUUUAGUGAGUGAAGCAUGUCAACAACCUCACAUAGCAGCAGAAUCACUGCGUGAAUCAUUCAAUGCUGGUACUUUAAAAGAGAGUUCUAUUGAUCAAAAGGCCAAAAUUGAUUCUCAUGUGAGCUUUAGUGAAACUGAUUCAAAAACUGUAACUGUGGUAGAAACACGUGCUAAUUGUGAUGUUCUUGAAUCUAAUCAAUCUCAGACUCCAUCCAUUUGCAUGGUGGAAGAGCAGGUCGAUAAUGAAUGUAAGGCUGGCAGUCCACAUGUUUUAGAUGUGGUUAUGCAAGAAGCUCAUGAAAAAGGUGGAAUUGAUGAUCAUGGUUAUGAGGAUGGUGAGGUAAAAGAUGGAGCAUUGCUUUGUGCUAAUGUGGAUUCUUCUUUCACAGUAAAGAUCAAACAGGGUGAAGCUUCUUGUCCAAGAGGUAUUGUUGACAUUCCUGUGGCAAUGUCAUCACCACACGAACUUGUGAAGCAUUCUAUAACAGAAACUUGCAUGAUGCCCAAGGAUCCUAGAACUGUGGACAUUGCUAGUACUAUUGAUCCUGCUCUUGCAGCAGAUCUGCAGGAGUCUUCAUCAGUGACAGGUGAUUCUGAUAAAAUGAGAACAAGCAGGACGACUAGGAAGACACCACGAGAUUCCUUGAAGAGGGAUAAGAUUUCAGAGCGUAAAACUAGAUCUGACAGAGAUCCUACUCUAAGAGUUGUCGGUAUUGAAAAAAAAGCUGAUGGCAGUGGUGUAAUAGAGAAUGCUGGAGGCCGUGCUAAAUCUUUUGUUUCUCCUUCAGCCAAUGAAACCAUUGAGGAAGCAAUUGAUAGGGUUCGUACUGGGCGGAUAAUAAACUUAAAUUCAGCUUCAUCUAGAAAGAUGAAACCUAUUCAUGAAAGGCCACUUUCAUCAAGAGUUAAGAGAGGAAACCCUGCUGAAAAAUUUUUCAAAAGGGAAAAUUAUCAUCCUGGUCACAUCAGGGAUGAAAACCAUAGUGAAAAGUUUCGUAAAACUGAAAAUGAGAGAAGGGGACUGGCUUGUGGGAACCGCGGAUCAGGUUCAAUACACUCUAGGGUGAGAGGUGGAUCAGAUUAUUCACCCUUGAAGUUUAGAGAUAAACAGCGGUCAAACCAGUUCGUUGAUCGGAACUGCGACCCCAACUAUAUGCAGGAACAAAUCAAUGGUCAUAGUGAUUUUCGAUAUUCGAGAGCCAUUAAUUCGGCUGCAAUUUCUAUGGCCUCUGGAUCAGAUGCUUCAGCUCCUUCUGUUGGUAGGAUUUCAAGGAAGAUUACGAGUGAGCUACAAACUCGUGGUCAAAUGGCUUGCAGAAGGCACUCUCCUGCAGUCCCAGAAGAAAUCCAAGUUAUGCGACAUCCUGCAUCUGAAGUUAACCCUAGCAGACGCUUGCAGAGAGAUGCACAUGAUCUUUUGUAUGUUACUCAAGAAAAAAUGAACAGACCAGUGCCAGGUGAAAUGUUGGAUACACUUAGACCACGCCCACAUUCCCAAUUUGAACGUACUGAUCGGAUUACAUCCCAUCGUGAAAGAGUAAGCCUUUCGCCUGUGCAUCGCAGAGGUCCUCCACAGCUUCCUUCCAUGCGUUCACCUAGGUCUCAAGAUAUGUCACCUUCCCAUUGGUCACCCCACAGUCCUUCUGAAGGGUUUAAUGGGCAACAUUAUGCAGAAGAAAUUAUGGCCAGAAGGCGAGGAUCUGCUUAUGGGGAUAGAUUACCUGAUGGUAUGAUGGAAGCUAUAUCUUCAAGAGAACAUAAUUUUUCUAGGUCUGGGAGGGAGUUUCCUCGAAAAAUUCAGAGGCUGGAUAUGAAUGACCCUAGGCAGGUUCCAGGUGAAUGCUACCGCAUGCCAUUUGGUCACGGUCAAAUUCAUGAACUUGGUGUGGAUGGUGAAUAUGCUGUUGGAAGGAGAUGCAAUGAGAUGCAUGCGCCAGCUCGAUAUAGGGAACACUGUAUUUUAGAUGAUGAUGUUGAAAAUUUCUCCUUUCAUGGUGAAGAGAGUCCCCCUAGGCCCUACAGGUAUCAUGCUGAAGGCAAUGAAGGAUUUAAUGAAGGUGGAAAUUCAAGGGAAUUUGAAGGGCGCUUUAAAAAUAGAUUAGGUAAUACAUCAAGAAGGUAUAGACACAUUGAGGAACAGCAGCAGCAUGAAGAUGGCUUUAGGCAUCAAGAAGGGCAGGGAUGGAAUGAUUCAGGUUUUAAUAAUAUCAGACCAAAGAGGAGGAGAUACUAGAGUUAUAUCCUAGAGCAGUGUUUCGUCACAACUGAUUGGCUGUUCCAUUUGUAAAAUAACUAGAAUGCAAUAACAACAUCAUGAAUAGUAAUUAUCCAAUAUACCCUUGCGAAUAGUAGCUUCUACUGAUUAUCAAAGUUAUUGUGCCCAAGAUCUAGUAGAAGGUCAAGGAAUGAAUUUUGCCUUGGGCAUUCUGGUUGACAUUUUUCUUUUUAUUUUUUGCGCCAAACGGAUCUACAGUCAUCUUCCUAAGUUGCCUGAUACUGUAAAUUUCUUCUCUCAAGUUACCGUCAUAUUGGCAAUUUUUGACACUGCAGCUACAGCCAAUUGACUAGCAACUCACAAGUCUAGGAUGAUUGUGGAACAACAGUUGGUUUGCGGGGUAAAUGAUUCAUGCUUUAUUUAUUUCACUUUGCAAAAAAAAAAUUAUUCUUGUUACAGAAUUUUUCUGGGUACCUUUUAUUUCUUAAACCUAUUAGCCGAAGAACAACAGUUGGUUUGUAGACUCAUCCUUCAUAAGCACCAAAACUUGCAAUAUCGUUGGCUUGGAACUAUGGGAAUGAAGCUCGAUAAGUCCUGUAUCUCUUUCUUUCACAUUCUAGAUAUAAAGAAUGCAAUUGGUCAGCGUUUUUCUUUUGGAAGAAAGCAAAAUUGAUGUUUUUUGGCUCUUUGCUUGCAGUUGCUGGAUAAGAAUAAAGUUCAAUAAAUUUUGUAUGAUGGACAACAGAGUUACUAGAAUUUUCUUU